GUGACCACAGGCGGCUCCCCGGGGACGCGGGGCAGCUCCCGCACUCCCGCCCUCGGCACCGCGGAGCCCGCACCAUGAUCCCGCUGCUGCUGCUGCUCCUGCCCGCCGCUCACGGCAUCGUCGAGCUGGGGACCAUCCCAGCCCUGACCCAGGACCGUCUGGAGGGGGUGACAACCGCCACCACCUUCGUGCUGGAGCAGCCCCGCUGCAUCUUCGGAAACUUCAGCAACGCCGUCAUCUGGCUGGUGGUGGCCCUGGACAAGGAUGUAUCCGCCUUCAACAACAGCGCGGAGCCGGGGACUCCCGAGACCGCGUUCCAGAGCUUCCCUGACACCGUCAGUGCCUACAUGACCCUGAACGCCACCCUGGCCAGCUACCCCUGCCCCAAACCCGCCGGGGACAUCACGGUGCUGCGGGUGGGCAGCGAGACGAGCUGUGCCACCGAUGUGUCGAGGCCCACGUGCAAUGGCCCCCUGCCCGGCCCCGGGCCCUACCGGGUGAAGUUCCUGGCGCUGGAGGGCUCUGUGCCCGUGGCCCAGACAGCCUGGUCGGAGUCCAUCACGCUGAGGACAGCCAAACCACUCAGCAGCAUCUCCACGGCGGGCAGCCGGCACAGCGCCGGCAUGAUCGCCAUCACCGCCAUCCUCUCCAUCCUCCUCGCCAUCCUGCUGGCCGCGCUGGUGGCCAUGCUCUUCUCCUGCGGCUCGGACUCGUGCGGCAGCAGCACCUUCAGCAAGCCGGAGUCGGUGUCGGUGCAGCGCUACAACACGCACCACGUCUAUGACCAGGCGGCCGCCCGGCUCUGAGCGCCGCCGCCCUCCCGCGUGUCCCCGUGCGGGGUAAAUGUCACCCGCAGUGCUCCUUCCCCCGGUGACACCGGCCCGCAGCCCUGGUGACACCGGCCCGCACCACUCCCUGCCCAUGGUGACACCGGCCAGCAGCCCUGGGGACGCGGCCGGAGCCGCCACCCGGAGCGCGACAUUAAAGGCUUUUCCCGUG